AUGGACAUUCCCCUUACAACCAUUAUUUUGAUGAAUCCUAAUGGAACUAUUUAAAUUGGUACUCAACCCUGGUUUAAAGGCAAAAAGGUGAUGAAAUGUUACUAGUGUCAGUAAUCAAUUCAAUUAUGUUUAGAAGUAAUAUUGUUUUUGAAGGCAAAUAUAACUAAAUUAAAUGCACUAAAUGCAACACAGUUAAUCAAGUGCCGGUAAUCUAAUGA